AUGAAGUUUCUAAGUAUUGUUUGGCUAGCCAGCAUAUCCAACGCCUUCGCUCGAACUAGUCGUAAUGCAAGUGCCUCAUUUGACGGCUUCAAGGUUUAUAGAGUGAAUACGAGCGGUCGUAUAAAUGAACUAAAUUCAGCGUUGAAGGGUUUAUCUAUCAUCGAGCUCAAUCAUAACGACGCAACAGUCGAUGUUGCAAUUUCACCAGAGCACCUUGAGGCCUUCGACACUCUCAACUUUACUACUACAGAGCUGAGUCAAGAUCUAGGAGCCGAUAUUGCGGCUGAGGGUCCCUUGGGCAGCUACCCAGGACUUGACGAAAAUGGUGUCCCAUCAAUAUCUUGGUUCGAUUCAUACCACGCCUAUGAAGACCAUAUUCAAUACUGGAGCGAUCUUCAGGCAUCAUUCCCCAAUAACUCGGAGCUUAUUCAGGUAGGACCCUCGUUCGAGGGGAGGCAAAUUCAGGGGAUCCAUCUCUGGGGAAGCAGCGGUAAGGACUCCAAGCCGGCCAUAUUCUUCAACGGAAAUGUCCAUGCCCGGGAAUGGAUCACGUCAAAGGUUGUCGAGUAUCUCCUUUACCAAAUUGUCACCGGAUACGAGAACGAUACGGUAAUACAAGCAGUCCUGAACAAUUACGAUUUUUAUGUUCUACCAGUUGUGAAUCCUGACGGCUUCGUGUAUUCCCAAACAAGCAACCGCCUCUGGAGAAAAAAUCGGCAGACGCGAGACAACACCACAGCAAUCGGCACGGAUAUAAACCGUAACUGGUCCGUCGGAUUCGGAGGCGAUGGCUCUUCCUCAAACCCCAGUUCGGAGACUUUCAGUGGUUAUCAACCUGGCGAUGCGCCAGAAACAGCUGCGCUGAUGGCUUACGCGCAGACUCUGGCCGGCGAUAAAGGCAUCAAGCUGUAUAUCGACUGGCACAGCUACGCCCAAGUGAUCUUGCUCUCGUAUGGCUACAGCUGCGACACUUUUCCUCCAAACUAUGACAGACAAGUAGCUCUGGCAGGCGAAACGGCUGCUAGGAUUGCCCAACCAUACAACACAACGUUCGAUUAUGGCUCUGGUUGUCUCGUCCUUUACCAGUCAAGUGGGAACGGGAGAGACUAUAUGACCGACGCAGCCGGAGCUGAAUUUGGAUGGGGAAUCGAGCUGAGAUCCACCCCCUACGGUUUCGUGCUUCCCGCUGAUCAGAUCCUACCUAGUGGUAUUGAAAUUUGGGAAGGUAUGAAAUAUCUCUGGGCGAAUCUGUGA